AUGCAUCUUUUUGUACAGUCCGUCGCCCUGCUGGGCUGCGUCUCUUCAGCGUUUGCUGCCUUUGGUAUCACGACGUCCACUGCGAGCUAUGCCAUAGACGCCGGUUCCGCCGAGUCCUUUGUUGUGACCGUCAGCCGCACCAACUGCGAUAUCACCUCGAUCAAGUACCGCGGCGUUGAGUAUCAGUAUCAGAGCACAAAGUCUCACAUUGCAUCUGGGCUUGGAUCUGCGACGGUGUCCGCAACGACGAUUAACAGCCAAUAUGCCAAGAUCACCUGUGUGGUGAAGAGCGCUGAUUUCGAUCUGACUCACUACUAUGUCGUCAAGUCGGGAGACAGCAUCGUGUACAUGGCAACCAACACCAAUGCUCAACCCGCCAUCGGAGAGCUGCGCUACAUUGCUCGUCUCGAUAGCGCUCUGCUGCCGCUCGAGUAUCCCUUCGGCACUGCCUCUACCACUGUUGGCGGAACCGCCAUCGAGGGAUCUGAUGUCUACCUUGUGAACGGCCAGACAAGAAGCAAGUUCUACAGCAGCGAGCGCUUCAUCGACGACAAGGUCCAGUGCGUCACUGCCAGCGACGCAUCCAUCCACGCAUGCAUGGUUCUAUCUACCCCCGGCAAGGAAGCCAGCUCUGGCGGACCGUUCUUCCGUGACAUCAACACCAACAACGGAGGAGCUUACACUUCGCUGUAUAACUACAUGAACUCGGGACACGUUCAAACCGAGGCCUACCGCACUGGACUCCACGGCCCAUACGCGCUUCAGUUCAGCCGCAGCGGGAUCCCGGCAUCUGUCGAUGCCAACUUUGCCUUCUUCAGCGACCUUGGCAUCAGCGGCUACGUCGCAGACUCUGGCAGAGGUGUUGUUAAGGGUACGGCUACCGGAGUUGCGUCUGGAUUCCAGAUCGUCGUUCACUGGUACAACUCGGCCUCUCAAUACUGGGUGUAUGCCUCGUCGAGCGGAGCCUUCACCUCGCCAGCCAUGAAGCCGGGAAGCUACACGAUGAAGCUCUACCAGGGUGAAUUCCAACUUGCCUCGCAGUCUGUCAGUGUUUCUGCCGGAGGAACUACCACAUCCAACAUUGCCGGAGCCAGCCAGUCGCGCAACACGCUAUGGAAGAUUGGAGAUUGGGAUGGACAGCCAAAGGGAUUCCGCAAUGCCGACAAGCAGCUCAGAAUGCACCCUAGCGAUUCGCGCAUGAGCAGCUGGGGACCAUUGACCUACACGGUUGGCAGCAGCGCCCUCACCGACUUCCCAAUGGCUCUGUUCAAGUCGGUCAACACUCCGGCGACGAUCAAGUUCACCCUUUCUUCCGCGCCAAGUGGCACUACAACUCUCCGCAUUGGAACGACUCUGUCGUUCGCUGGAGCCAGGCCAGUAGCAAAGGUCAACAGCUGGCAAGGAGCGACACCAGCAGCUCCCACGAAGAUUGAUAGCCGUGGUGUCACCAGGGGCGCGUACCGUGGAUUUGGAGAGGUUUAUGAUGUGACGAUUCCUGCCGGGACACUCACAUCUGGAAGCAACACGAUCACCAUUGAUGUUGCGUCUGGCAGCAGUGGGGAUACCUACUUGCAGCCCAAUGUCAUCUUUGAUGCUGUUGAGCUGUUUAACUAG